UUCAUUUUGGAGCUUUCGGCCGACGAUGAAGACGCUACUGCUCGCCGGCGCGGCCGCGCUGCUGGGCGCCGUCGCCGCCGAGGACAAGGCCGCCGCCGUCUUUGGCUACGUGCCCGCCGACAUGGUGCGCAACAUCCAGUGCCAAGUGUGCAAGACGCCCGAGCUCACGGGCACCGUCACCGACUCGUGCUGCAACUACGAGACGGUCGACGUGGCGACGCAGGCCCACUUCCACCCGCUCCUCGACGAGCUCCGGACGCUCUCGUUCUUUCGGUACUUCAAAGCCGACUUGACGAAAGAGUGUCCAUUCUGGCACUCGAACAACCAGUGCGCGAACCGCGACUGCUCCGUGUGCGAGUGUGCCAAGGACGAGAUCCCUGCCAAGUGGUAUGCGCAGGACGAGGCCGAGAAGGAAGCGCGCGAGCGCGAGGCGCAACAGCCCUGUGAUGACCAGCGCGGCGAGGGCGAGCUCUCCAAGAUUGACCGCGCGAACGCCGCCGUCGGCACCAACUUCAACCCGUGGUCGACAGCGGCCGUCGCCGAUGACGUGCCCAACGAAGACGCCAUGAUGUACGUCAACUUGCUCGAGAACCCCGAGCGCUUUACUGGCUACAGCGGCAACUCGGCGUGGCGUGUCUGGAAGGCCAUCUAUGAAGAAAACUGCUUUCACUCGAAAGAGCUCUGCCUCGAGGAGCGCGUCUACUACCGCCUCAUCUCGGGUCUCCACACAUCCAUCAACACCCACGUCGCGCUCGACUUUCGCUUUGGCGACCAUUGGGGCCCCAACACCAAGAUGUUUGUCGACCGCGUCGGCGCGUUCCCGGAGCGGCUCCAGAACAUGUACUUUACCUACCUCUUUGUCCUGCGCGCGGUCGGGCGGUACCGCGAAGUGCUCCUCAACUACGACUACGCGACCGGGAACGACUACGACGACCAGCGCGUGCCCGAGGUGCUCCGCGCGCUCUUUGACGUGGACAAUACGGCCUUCAACGCGAGCUGCCGCGCGCCGACCGACUCGCGCGCGGUCCUCGCCGGCUUCAACGAGACGAUGCUCUUCUCGAAGGGCGUCUCGGUCGCCCACCAGCGCGACCAGUUCCAGCGCAAGUUUGAAAACGUCUCGCGCAUCAUGGACUGCGUCACUUGCGAAAAGUGCCGGCUCUGGGGCAAGAUCCAGAUCUUGGGCUUGGGCACCGCGAUCAAGAUCUUGCUGGCCGACGACAUUUCGACGCUGCCGCCGCUAGCGCGCAACGAGAUCAUUGCGCUCAUCAACGUCCUCCACCGGCUCUCAGAGAGCAUUGAGGGCGUCUCGCGCUUCCGCCAGCUCGAGUUUGAAGACGCCAUCAAGUCGAUGGGUCUCAUGGUAGCGGGCGCCUUUCUGGUUGUGCUCGCCGUCAUUGCGUGGCGACGACGGAGGGCGGCAAAGAAGACGCUCAAGACGGCGUAAGCCACCACCUUAAUAAGUACUUUGACCUCGUCGUUCGCAUCGCCAACGACGCAGGAAGCACGGGC